AUGACCAACCAAAUCAAGCAGGACUCUUUCCUUCAAAAAAUCACCCUCAUAUUUCAGCUUUUUCUCACCUUUGUCAUUGCGGACUUGCCCCUUGAAGGAAAAAAUGCUCUGCUUGACUUUGAUCGACAAUCUGGACAAGAUCACCGCCAACUCGACGAUUUGAUACAAUCGCAACAAUGGCCUCUGCCCCUCCUGAACCACAACGCCGGCUAUACAACCUCACCGCCAUCGUAUGAGCCUCAAUUCGCACAGAGACCCUUUUCUGAGGCGCAGCAUGGCGCCCUGCUAGAUGAUGAUUGGUCUAGAUGGCCGCAGCUUGCUCUCUCUGCUGCCGACACGCCAAGAACCAACCCUAACCCGGUCUCGCAAUCAAACAAAUUGGACCACCAACACUUCACUCAUGGCUCUACCAUGCUAUCUUACUCAAAUACGCUUGGUUUGGUCGAGCUUGCAAGAACCGAGCUUCGACUGGGAAAUAUUAACUUGGAUCCCCCAACCCCGGAAAACCUACUAACGACAGUCAUACCCUCGGAGCCAAAGCAUUGGCCUAUUCAACGCUCCAGUCUAGUCGGCGCGUUUGAAGAGUAUGAUUCAGUUUCUAGCCCCACAGAGCUUCGUGAAGGACGCAGCAACGAUUUAUCAUCCUUUAAAAGGAAGCGCCUUGCUACCACGGAUCAUCCAAAACCAAAAAAUCGCAAGAAGUUAUCAGAAUCAAAACUGGCCGGCUCUGCCGUGGUGCCCCAAACUCCAGAAAUUUCAAAACCGUCAACGGAUGGUGAACCGAUAAAUCCGCUAGAUAUGUUUUCGCUGACGUUGAAAACAUACGGAUUGAUCAAUCCACUGGCAUUUCCCCGCUCUCGGAAAUGGACCCCCGAGACGUUCUUCGAGAAGGACGUGCUGCACAUCAGCGAUUUUUGGAAAAAUCUCAACGGCAGCACUCAAGAAUCAGACCUCACUACAGACUGGUUGGAAAUCAGAGAAUUUUCGCGAACCAUCGAGCAGCCGAUCAAAGCCAGCCUUGGCGAUGCGAUGAAAACACAAUUUGCAAUCAACACCGUAGGAGUUUACUUCAAGUCGACCAAUCCGCUCAAAUGGCGCAGCUUAUUUGAAGUGGAUGCCCAGUUCCCCAACAUGUUUGCGUACCUCCAGAAGAACCAGUACCACAGACACACUGCUCGUAUCCACAAAAACCAUCUGAUUCCAUGGCAAACAAUGGGCGUCUUGCCGUGGGAAAAACCGCCAAAACCUUGGCAUCUGGACAUCAGAACGGCAAAGAAUUUUAAACUUACUAUACGGGAGAAGGACAAUUUAAAAAGCCUCUUGGACCAACUGGUACAUAGUAACCCAUAA